AUGAAGGUUAUUUGUGCAGGCUUGUGCAAGACAGGAAAAACAUCCCUGGCUAAAGCUUUAAGAAUCCUUGGCUUUACAGUGUUUGAUUCUGCAGAACACAGGAAAUUUCAUCUUGAUCAAUGGUUCGCUGUUUAUUUCAAAGGAAAAUCCCCGGAUUUUGCAGCAAUGUACAAAGAUAUCGACGCGGUGGCCGAUUUGCCUCCUGCGUUUUGGUUUCAAGAAAUCUACGAAGCUUUUCCGGAUGCGAAAGUCAUUCUUACUUUAAGAGACGACGAAGAAAUUUGGGUGAAAAGUUUUAGCAAGCAAAACGAAUUUGAUCAGACGCAAGAAGGAUUUUUUAACAGGCUGAUUAUCAAGUGGCCUCAUGUAAUCAUGCAGUGGAUACGGGGGAAAAAACCGGUCUUACAUCUCCUUGAUACCGCUAUGUUAACAGCAGCUUUUGGAAGCCUAAAUUCAAAGUGUACUGUCCUUUUCAAGAAGAAAUACCGCGAACAUAACGAGCGAGUUCAAGCGGUCAUCCCAAAGGAUAAACUGUUGAUUUACAACGUAAAUCAAGGCUGGAAGCCUCUGUGCACCUUUCUUGGGUGCAAUGUUCCCGCCCUGAAAUUUCCAAGGGAAAAUGUGGCGUUAUCCGACUCAAAGCAUCGGUUAACAGCCAGACUGCAGCAGCGGAAACGCGACGCGUUCGUUAUCCUUGUAAUUUGUGCUUUGCUUGUAAGCGUAUGUUAUUCAGCAUGGUUCUGCUUAAUUAGUCAAUGAUCUAAGGUAGGAAAAGAUUAAUUAGAAGACUGUGCAUGGUUUGUGUAUCCCUGUAGCCAAAUUCAUUAUGAUAUGGUAGGGUUUCUCUGAAACUAAGACAGAAAUCUACACGAACUCAAAUAAGCCAACAAUCAGUUGCUAAGAAUUAGACUGCUAUGCUCUAAGUACUCGCCUUGAGUGUAUAAACUCUUUUUUAUAAUACAAAAUAAAUUUUAAGAAUAUUUUAGGAAUAAACCCGAGGCUGAGAAUUUGAGAAGGAUUUGAAAAUCUGUAAAUACAGUACAUUUUAUGCUUAAACUUGAAAUCAUACAUUGUAAAGCGGAAUUUGCCAUAAGCUAUAACUUUUUAAUGAAGAAUAAUUCAUGCAAGAAUAUAUUCCGUCUAAAAUCGACAAAAUAAAUAAGAAUAUUCAGCCUGGGCCGAAAAAAACAACAUUCUUAAAAAAAAUGUAUGAGAGUAUCCUUGCGUUUCCCUACCAUUCUAAAAUAUGACUACAAGCAGUACUAUUGCUGUAGAUUUACAAUUUACUAGCCUGAAGUAAUUUUACUCAACAUUUGUUAAAACUAUCACUGACCCUUGCGGUAAUGAUAGAUGCGAAACCUAUUAACGCUGGUUCUAAAGUCAUAGGCAGCUAUAGGCUGUGCAAAUCCUGGUUCAUUAUUUAGACAAACAUCAACGCUAGGCUGAUUCAGUCCCAAACUAAGACCCCCCAUGUUUGCGCAGCAGAACCAACGCUUAUUUGAGCUCGGAUUACCUGAGGCUGUAUUCGCGUAUUUACCGGCUAUGCCGCCAUGACAUUAAAUUUAUUCAAAAAGUGACCACCAGAAAGAAAAAGCGUGAAGUUGUCCUCGCUACCAUAUUGCAGUCGUUUCAGUAGGGUCAGCGAGCCACAGUGUGAGUCUGUCCUAGGGUAUAUAAUUGCGUGUGAGUCUGUCAACAGGGUAUUGCCUACACGAUUCUGUAGAUGAAUUUUAUUUUACUUUAAGCAUUCAAAAGCAAUGACUAUUGGUGGUUUUCACUGUCACGCCAUAAAAAACGAAAAUGGAAACCUUUUAAUACAAAAAGUUUAGAAUCUGGGAAAUGAAAGAAGAUAAUUAUACAAAAAGCCUUGCCAAGAAUCAGGUCUGUACGAUACUUCAUAUGCGAGAUUAGCCUGCGAGCAAGCUCUCCUAUUUGAGCAAGCGAAGUGAGCCUCGCGAGAACGCGCGCCGCUCGCUCGCGCGUUCUCGCGAGACUCGCUUCACUCGCCCAAAUAGGAGAGCUUGCUCGCAGGCUAAUGCGAGAUAUUUGGAAAAACGUUUUACCCAAUUUUAUAAAGCUUUGUAUGGAGGCGCCAUGUAUGGAGGCGCCUUUCAGGAGCACAAAUAUGGCCGCCGGAAACAACAGAAACAUCUGUAAAGUAGUAUUUAUUCUCAGACAAGAAAUGUUUAGAUAACAAAAUCUCUCUUGCGUGCAUUUUGUCUUUUGUCCUUUUACAGGGUAAUAAACACACAGUCGACUCCCGAUAACUCGAACCUCGCUCUAACUGCUCUAACUCGAACCAAAAUCGAUUUCUCCUGGAUUUCCGUCAUACAUUCACUAUAAUUUUACCCUCGGUAACUCGAACCCUCGAUAACUUGAACUCCCGCUAACUCAAACCAAUGUUCGUUUCCCCUCAGGUCAUUUUCUAUAUUUUACCCUCGAUAACUCAUGACAAGUCGGGAAAAACCGUCUACUGGAGUCCGUAACAAUGAAUUUUGGAUUUCCUAUUGACGUGUUGUAGGAGUAUAGUUUACUAGUGGAGGCUGAUGUUGAUUGUUACAGGCUAACAGUGUAGCCUGUACACAGGCUAGCUAACGUGAAGUAACUUUACUUCUCAAACCAGCAAAACGCAUGUCUGUUUAGGCUAUGUUUUGUUACAUUACGUUCGGAUAUUUAAUCUAGAAGUAUCUUUUAAUUUAAACUUGACAUUUCUUCAAUUAAAUGUGAUUAAAAUGUUCACUGUGCAGUAAAAACUGUUUUUAACCUUACUCUCGGCUAUUUUCUUCGAGCUCCCGAUAACUCGAACUCCCGAUAACUCGAACUUUUUUCGAUUUCCCUUGAAGGUUCGAGUUAUCGGGAGUCGACUGUAUCGGCGCAGUCUCUUUUUCUCCUGUAGCCUGCAUAACAGGCGUUAUUUUUCGCGUUAUUCGGGCGUGCGAGGAAGGUCUCAAUGUGGUUAACCGAUAGGCGGAAAACGGCCAAAAAUCUCAAUGUGUAAAAUAAUAUUAGAAGUGGAAUACUUUAUAAAAAGUAUGAUCCAUCAAGUGUUAAAUUUUUUCAAAAGAAUAGCUUAUUUCAGCCCGAGAUGAUCCUAAGACCUUUAUUUUGCUUUAAAGAUAUAAUCUAAGUACUCGCCUUGAGUGUAUAAACUCUUUUUUAUAAUACAAAAUAAAUUUUAAGAAUAUUUUAGGAAUAAACCCGAGGCUGAGAAUUUGAGAAGGAUUUGAAAAUCUGUAAAUACAGUACAUUUUAUGUUUAAACUUGAAAUCAUACAUUGUAAAGCGGAAUUUGCCAUAAGCUAUAAUUUUUUAAUGAAGAAUAAUUCAUGCAAGAAUAUAAUCAGUCUAAUAUCGACAAAAUAAAGAAUAUUCAGCCUGGGCCGAAAAAUCAACAUUCUUAAAAAAAGUGUAUGAGAGUGUCCUUGAGUUUCCCUACCAUUCUAAAAUAUGACUACAAGCAGUACUAUUGCGGUAGAUUUACAAUUUACUAGCCUGAAGUAAUUUUACUUAACAUUUGUUAAAACUAUCACUGACCCUUGCGGUAAUGAUAGAUGCGAAACCUAUUAACGCUGGUUCUAAAGUCAUAGGCUGUGCAAAUCCUAGUUCAUUAUUUAGACAAACAUCAACUCUAAGCUGAUUCAGUCCCAAACUAAGACCCCGCAUGUUUACGUAGCAGAACCAACGCUUAUUUCAGCUCGGAUUACCUGAGGCUGUAUUCGCGUAUUUACCGGCUAUGCCGCCAUGACAUUAAAUUUAUUCAAAAAGUGACCACCAGAAAGAAAAAGCGUGAAGUUAUCCUCGCCACCAUAUUGCAGUCAUUUCAGUAGGGUCAGCGAGCCACAGUGUGAGUCUGUCCUAGGGUAUAUAAUUGCGUGUGAGUCUGUCAACAGGGUAUUGCCUACACGAUUUUCUAGAUGAAUUUUAUUUUACUUUAAGCAUAUUAAAGCAAUGACUAUUGGUGGUUUUCACUUUCACGCCAUAAAAAACGAAAAUGGAAACCUUUUAAUACAGAAAGUCUAGAAUCUGGGAAAUGAAAGAAGAUAAUUAUACAAAAAGCCUUGCCAAGAAUCAGGUCUGUACAAUACUUCAUAUGCAAAAUUAGCCUGCAAGCAAGCUCUCCUAUUUGAGCAAGCGAAGUGAGCCUCGCGAGAACGCGCGCCGCUCGCAUGGCGUUCUCGCGAGACUCGCUCCACUCGCCCAAACAGGAGAGCUUGCUCGCAGGCUAAUGCGAGAUAUUCCGAAAAGCGUUUUACCCAAUUUUAUAAAGCUUUGUAUGGAGGCGCCAUGUAUGGAGGCGCCUUUCAUGAGCACAAAUAUGGUCGCCGGAAACCAACAGAAACAUCUGUUUUUGAGUUUUCCUACUAAUGCGUGAUGAAUUCUUCGCUUGAGAAACUCAUAAAGAUUAAACUGUAGUAUUUAAUCUCAGACAAGAAAUGUUUAGGUAACAAAAUCUCUCUUGCGUGCAUUUUGUCUUUUGUCCUAUUACAGGGUAAUAAAUACACAGUCGACUCCUGAUAACUCGAACCUCGCUCUAACUCGAACCAAAAUCGAUUUGUCCCUGAAUUUCCGUCAUACAUUCACUGUUAUUUUACCCUCGAUAACUCGAACCCUCGAUAACUUGAACUCCCGCUAACUCGAACCAAUUUUCGUUUCCCCUCAGGUCAUUUUCUAUAUUUUACCCUCGAUAACUCAUGUUUUGAGCCCUUAAAAAGUCGGGAAAAACCGUCUACUGGAGUCGGUAACAUUGAAUUUUUGGACUUCCUAUUGACGUGUUGUAGGAGUAUAGUUUACUAGUAGUCUACUAGUGGAGGCUGAUGUUGAUUGUUACAGGCUAACAGUGUAGCCUGUACACAGGCUAGCUAACGUGAAGCAACUUUACUUCUCAAAACAAUAAAACGCAUGCUCUGUUAAGCUAUGUUUUGUUACAAUACGUUCGGAUAUAUAAUCUAGAAGUAUCUUUUAAUUUUACCUUGACAUUUCUUCAAUUAAAUGUGAUUAAAAUGUUUACUGUGCAGUAAAAACUGUUUUUAACCUUACUCUCGGCUAUUUUCUUCGAGCUCCCGAUAACUCGAACUCCCGAUAACUCGAACUUUUUUCGAUUUCCCUUGAAGGUUCGAGUUAGCGGGAGUCGACUGUAUCGGCGCAAUCUCUUUCACUCCUGUAGCCUGCAUAACAGGCGUUAUUUUUCGCGUUAUUCGGGCGUGCGAGGAGGGUCUCAAUGUGGUUAACCGAUAGGCGGAAAUCGGCCAAAAAUUUCAUUGUGUAAAAUAAUAUUAGAAGUGGAAUACUUUAUAAAAAGUAUGAUCCAUCAAGUGUUAAAUUUUUUCAAAAGAAUAGCUUAUUUCAGCCCGAGAUGAUCCUAAGACCUUUAUUUUGCUUUAAAGAUAUAAAAAAUACAGGUUAAUUGAUAUUUAACUUUUUGAAACAAGAGAAGUUAAUUUUUUAACUUUUUUGUUAACCGCAACUGAAAAAAAUUAACCGAUAGCCGUAAAAAAGCCAAAAUUUUAGCCGAUAACCGUAAAAGCCACCACCCCAUUGAGACCCUCUGCGAAGGCCCGGGAUGAGAGCGAGGAGGGCUAGACCCCGGGGGGGAGGUACUCCCAUACAUUACCUAUACGGGUAUAUACCGCCCAACGGGGUCGUGAUUUUGGAGCUCCUGAUUUAGAACGGGGUAUCCAUUUCAGAGGCGUUUUCUAGAACGGGGUAUAAUAUUUCGAACGCGCGAAAGCUCCAGUUUUGUAAGCAGCCAUUUGAAAUUAUUCAAGGACAGAUUGCUUUUAAAAAUACGGUUCAAUGCGUUAACAAGCAAACUGUUGUACUCUUGUUGCACCCUAGAACGGAGUAUAAAAAAUUGGCCCAUUUCUAGAACGGGAUAUCAGUUUUAGGGGAAUUUUUUUUUUUUAGAACGAGGUGCCAAUUUGGAGUCCCGGGCGGCACAUACCCACCCAAAAAAUACCCAAGUGCGCCCCUGGGGGGCUAGACACACUCGAGGGGAGAAGCGCUCCUCGCUUGCUAUCUAUGGAUAAGUUGAUAAGUUGAUAGUUGAGGCAAAAUUUUGCUUGUGCUAUAUCUUUUGAAACACUUAUAUAACACUUCGGCUAUUUAAGAGGCGAUUUAGAUAAAUAUUUACAAAGACAUUGAGGAAUGAUCGACGUUUAGAAGGGGUUGUGUUUUAUUUGGUAGAUCGCGAUUUAUAUAUGGCAAUGCUUUAAGCCACAGUUGUACUAAAUUGGGAAAUCGUGAUUUUGAGUCGAAGUUCGCGGAAAUAAUCGGUCAAGAGAAAUAAGCAUAAUCCGUCAUCAUCCCUGUUAUAUAUUAACGCCUUUUAGAUCUUUUUAUAGCGCCCUUUUAGAAUUUCGCCCGAAACAUGGCACACUACAGUCUGCCAGGUUUAGGGUUUUCAGUGCCAGCUCGUGAAGUAUCUGCACAGAAUUUCGUGGACACUAAAUUGUCGGAAAAGUCAAAUUUUGAGACUCCCGAAGGAGUCCCGACUAAAGUACGAGUUCCAUGCAAAAAACCCUGAGUGAAGUUUUAUCGUUGAGCUACAUUUAUUUAAAACCGCAAAAUCCAGUAAAAGAGAAAUCAGGCUUUACAAUUUCUUGUGUAAAACAAUCGCUAGUCAGGUUUCGUUUACAGGAAAUGUGUCAGUUUUUCCUUUACAAUUUCCUUUCCCACCAAAUUUAAUUAAUAAAUAGUUCACUCGCCCAAAACCUUUUCAAGAAUUUAUAUUUAAAUGAUUCCCAAAAGCCCCGAGGUGUAUGAGGUAAACAACUCUUGUUCAUACCACAUAGACACGUGCAGCGAGAAACCUCCAAUCAGAAAUUAGUAUUCAAAUCAAAACGUUGCCCCGCGCUUCAUUCAAAAAUUGAUAGUUUCGGUUGCAAAAAGCUGCUUGCGAAGGUUACUCAGAGAAACACGCACGACGCUCCCAUUAA